UAUGUGUUUUACGACUCUAAAUGCAGCAGACGAGCUCGUGAACUUCAACAUGACGUAUUUUCAUGGGUGGGAAUAUAGCAGGACAGGACCACCCAUUAAAACACAAGAUCAGCAGCAGCAGAAAAUCUGCAGCAAUACCGCCCACACAUGAGCCCGUACAGCAGCGAACAGUACAGCUAUCAAAUACUGCACACAUAAAACAGCAACACAUAUAUCUGGAUUAUAAUCAUCAUCAUUAUAGCGCAGAAACACGGUAACAAACUUCAGUCGAAGGGGGCAGCAGAAGGCUCCAGAAGAUGACCCAAUCUGUACACAUAAGCUCCAAACCGCCAAAUCUGAGUGCAACUUUUCAUUGCUCAGCUGAAGAAGAAAGUGAUCAGGGUAGUUCGUAUUCUGUUCAAACUCCUUAUGGAUUCCACCUGGACCUUGAUUUUCUCAAGUAUGUUGAGGAAAUAGAGAGCGGACACAGCGUCCGCAGGGCUAACGUGAACACCCGGAGAGGAUCGCGGGGUGACCGUGGGAACCAAAGGAAUCUGGCCAUCGGAGGUCGGACCAGCGGUUGGACGUCCACCGAGUCACUUUCCUCAACGACCAGUGAGAACUGUCAACCUGUCCUCCAGAGUCCCAGCAAAUCACAACCACUGUCCCCGUCAGCAGCCAUCAGUCCCGGUUUACCCACUUGCUCCAAAGUGCCACCGCCGCCUCCACCGCGUAACCCUCGGGUAGAACGCACGCUCCUUGAAACCAGCCUUCGGCUCCAACAGGAGCAAAGUCAGUUUUUCAGUGGAUUAGCUUCUAAGCUCCCUGACCUUUCCAAAGUCCAUCCAAGAGGUGGCGGAUCCACGAGUGACCUCUCCUCAGCUUCCUCUCAGCUGUCUACAGAUGGCCGGUCGCUACAGAUGUCACCUUCUGUGCAGAAUUCCCUGUCCGGUGGCUGGACCAGAGCUAGUCCACAGACGUCUGGAAGGAGCACUCCAGCUUCGGCCUCAGGAGCGUCUUCGCUUUCUCCCGGGCAGCUUCAGACCGUCCGAGAGCAGAUGGCCUCCGCCCUUCGGCAGUUGAGAGAGAUGGAGGAGCGUGUGAAAGGAGUACCGGCCUUAGAAAGAGAGGUGACCAUGCUACGUACUGAAAAACAAAGGCUGACUGUGGAACUUCAGAAGAAAGCGCAAGAACUCGAUGCCACGCUCAAACUGAAGAUCUCCACCGAGGCUGUUGAAGCAGAGCCUGAGAAGACAUCCAUAGCAGUAGGUGAUGACAUUCCCCUUGAGACAGUGAAAGUCUGCUAUCGCCAGAUGCUCGAGGACACUGCUGUCCAAGCUUCUGUUGACCUCUGUCACGCCGCCGUGGAGACGGAGCCUAGUGCCGUACAUGAUGAGGCCAUUCAGGCCGCAGCGGAGACCCAAGAUGUGGCCAUCUGGGUCGUAGAGUCGUGUCUUGGGUUACAAAGUGAGGCAGAACGAGAAAUUGACACGCUUCAACAUACCAUCCAAAUACAACAGGAGUCCAUACAGAUUCUCGAGACGCGAUCAAGUCAGGUCAACCGAGACCUUGAGACGUUAAGAGCUGAGGAAAUUCAGAGGACAUCCAAGAUUACAUUUGACAAAGAGACGCUUGUGAAACCGGAGACAGCGAACGUCGGACUGAAGACUGAGGUUUGUUCGAAAGCUUCUGUUGGAGUAGGCUUUCCAGAUCUGGAGUACCUGUCACUGACAAAACAUGACCGAGGCAUUCAGACAGAUCCUGUGGACACUUCAGAAGACAGAGGUGUGGCACUGGUGAGCACUGGGAUCCAGUGGGAAUGUCUCAGUGAUAUUCAAGAGACUGAAGAGCAGAUCCCGCCUGCUGAGGGUCCGCUGAAUUCCAUCAUGAAGAGGAAAGAUGGCACCGCUGAUGCUGCAGGUUCCAGCGCUGGCAAAAAGAGCUUGAAGUUUGUUGGCAUCCUAAAUGGAGGCUACGAGUCGACGUCCAGUGAAGAGGAUGAUGAGGAUGAAGAGAGUUCGUCUGAUGAAAGUGCGGUGGGGGGGUGUUCAGACAGCAGUGUAGAGGAGGAAGCACCUUUAGAUGACACGUCUGAUGAAGACGUGAAUAUAAACGAUGACAGUGAUGACAACAUAACAGCUGAACAGCUCAAGCAGCACACAGAUGACGUGAAGGAGAAGUUCGAGUUGAGCAGCAGAAUGCGUGAGGCGUGUCUGAUAGUGAAGAAGCAUCUUAAUGACGGAUCAAAAGCACUGAAGAGUAAAGAAGUGCUGUCCAGCUCACAUACGGUUCAGCUGGAGUGGUUCCGAGUGUCCAGCGCUAAGACGGCACAGCCGACACGCGUGUCCAAUUACCUGAUGGCAUUCUCGGAGGUGUCGUCUGUCCUGCUGGAACACAUCAUCAACAUGACGGACGGCAACGGAAACACAGCGUUACACUACAGCGUCUCUCAUUCCAACUUCACUGUAGUGGAUCUGCUGCUGGACACAGGCGUGUGUGACGUGGAUCAGCAGAACAAAGCCGGAUAUACAGCGGUGAUGCUGGCAGCUCUGUCAGCCGUGAAGGAGGAGAACGACAUGGCCGCGGUUCAGAAACUCUUCCGGAUGGGAAGCGUCAACGCUAAAGCCAGUCAGGCAGGACAGACGGCUCUGAUGUUGGCUGUAAGUCACGGGCGGCUGGAGAUGGUGCGAGCGCUGCUGGACUGCGGUGCUGACGUCAACGUUCAGGACGACGAGGGUUCCACGGCUCUGAUGUGUGCCAGCGAGCACGGCCGGGCCGAGAUCGUCUCUCUGCUCCUCGAGCAGCCGGCCUGCGACAUCUCAGUGGUGGACAAUGAUGGCAGUAACGCCCUCUCUAUCGCUAUGGAGGCGGCUCACAAUGACAUCGCUGUUCUUCUGUACGCCCACAUGAACUACUCCAAAAUGCCAGCGGAUGGAGCAUCGAAGACAAAGUCCAGUGUCCCCUCCAGUCCAAGAAAAGCACCACAUUAAAAAAGAAAGAAACAAACCGGAGUGAUCUGUAAAGACAGCCGAAGCUUUACUGGACGACAUCUCACAAUAUCUCUGUUACAAUGUGUUGAUGUUGUAUUCACAUUCAGUUGUUUAUAUGGAUAUUUAAUGCAUUAUAUUACAGGUCAAUUAUGAUUCAUGUGUGUAUGCUGUUGUAUCCCUACAGUCACUGUUCUGACAUCAGUUUAACGGUUGUGUUUGUGUGCAUCUCAUCUCAAUAUUCAUGAAUGAACACAAACACUUCAGCCUGCUGUCUCUCAUUUCUCACAGGACAUUUUCAUUGAUUUUAACCAACAAGAAAACCACGAGAACUGACAUAAUCAAAUUCAGUCGGUUGAACUCACUUCAGUUAAUCCACUUGAAUUAAAUCCCACACUAAAGCACAGACAGGUCAGGAGUAUAUUUCUGAUGAAAACCAUCUAUUGACUUGACAGAAAGUUUAGUUUUUUACUGCUGCGCGUUAACGGAUGAUUGUGUUCAUCUGUGCUUAUUCAGUGACAUGACAUGAACACAUCUUAUAGCUGGAGUGGCCAGAUUCGUCAUGUUUGCUGUCGCAGACGUUCUGUCCAGUUUGAAAUUUCUCAAGAAAUACAAAAAUGUUAAUGCACAAAUCACAUUUGUUGUGGUGUUUCCUGUGUGUACCACCUGUAAACUAAAGCAGUGAACUAUUGUUUACCGUCCAAAGAUAAGAGAUGCAAUCAUCAAAAUAUUGUUACUGUACGUUCAUGUGUUUUCACUUUAAAAACUGUCAGUAUUGCUUUAUAUCUGUCUUUGAAACUGUAUUACCGUAUACUGUUUUUAUGCUAUGCAGCCUUUUUAAAUAUACAAUAAAAAUGUAAA